GGUUAACAACGUCCUUGUUCAACCAAACGCGCACGGCUUCGGGGUCUCUGUCAUUCAGUUGUACUUAGACAAAAGCUGACUUUUAGAUAUGAUGGCAGCAAGGUUUCUUCGUCGUUCUUUCCCGGUGCUGAGACACGUUCGAGCGUACGCUGAGGCUGUUUCCAGCGCCCCGCAGAUGUCCUUCACUUUUGCCUCCCCGAACCAGGUAUUCUUUAAAGAGGCCAAUGUGAAACAGGUGGAUGUGCCCACACUUACUGGUUCAUUUGGUAUCCUUCCUGCCCACGUGCCCACACUGCAAGUCCUUAGACCUGGAGUUGUCACAGUUUUCAGUGACGAUGGAUCAUCUAUUAAAUAUUUUGUGAGCAGUGGUUCUGUCACAGUCAAUGCUGAUUCUUCAGUUCAACUUCUAGCAGAGGAGGCUGUGCCUUUAGACCAGCUAGACAUUGCAGCUGCCAAGGCCAAUCUGGAGAAUGCCCAGACCAAGUUGGCCAGUGCAACUGACGAGGCAUCAAGAGCAGAAUUUCAGAUUACCAUAGAUGCCAACGAAGCAAUCAUAAAGGCUCUGGAGUAGACCGUGGGUAACUAUCUGGAAAUGAAUGGUCCAUGUGUGUAACAGCCCCGUCAUGUUGGUGUCCAGAAAAUUCCAUACUUUGUACAGUGGAUGAACUUAAAUAAAAAAUAAAUAAAUUUAUUUGAAUUA